CCAUGUCAGAGCUUCAACCAAUGAACGCUCCCGUCACUGAAAGGAUAAUGGCGUCGCUCUCGAGCAGAUGCUGAAAAACAUUAACGUUUAGAGCUGUAAAUACGCGUAGGUUUGGAAUUUAAACAUAUAAUUUAAGAAUGAAGGUGGUAAACCUGAAGCAAGCCAUUCUGCAGGCUUGGAAAGAGCGCUGGAGUGACUACCAGUGGGCUGUUAAUAUCAAGAAGAACUUUCCCAAAGGAGCAACCUGGGAAUAUCUUAACCUCGCAGAGGCGUUAAUGGAACAGGCGUUGAUUGGUCCGUCUCCAAAUCCACUUAUACUCUCUUAUCUCAAAUAUGCCAUAAGUUCACAGAUGGUGUCUUAUUCGAGCGUGCUCAUAGCUAUUAGCAAGUUUGAUGAUUUUUCAAGGGAUCUGUGCGUGAAAUCUCUGCUGGAGGUCAUGGACAUGUUUUGCCACCGUCUCACCUGCUACGGGAAAGCCGAGGAGUGCAUCGGGCUGUGCCGCGCCCUGCUCGGGGUGGUCGUGUGGCUGCUGCAGGGGUGCGCUUGCUACUGCGAGAGGCUGAGGGAGCCGUGUCUGUCGAGCGCCACCGAGGCCUGUCUGGCGGAGUGCCGGGAGAGGCUGCACAAACUCAUGAGCAGCACCAAGAACAGAGCCCUGGUGCACAUCGCUCGGCUGGAAGAUCAAGGGUCCUGGAGUAUUGUAGAGCAAGCUGUUCUUAAAGUGAGCGACGGCCUCGGUUGUAUAACUAACCCAACGCUGCGGACGCAAUUAGAGGAAAGCUUGUCACUGGUGAAAGGUAUCCCGCUGAUGCUGUCCGUGCAGUGCGAGCCGCUGCUGCACGCCUCCUUCCCGUCGAUCCACGCGUUCAUCAUGCUCGAGGGCACCAUGAAUUUGACGGGGGAGACGCAGCCGAUGGUCGAGCAGCUGAUGAUGAUCAAGAGGAUGCAGAGAAUCCCUACGCCAUUCUUUGUGAUGGAGAUCUGGAAGGCUUGUUUUACUGGCCUCAUCGAGUCACCAGAGGGCACCGAGGAGCUCAAAUGGACUGCCUUCACGUUCCUCAAGAUUCCGCAAGUUCUCCUCCGACUGAAGAAGUACCCCCAGGGUGACAAAGGACAGGACUUUACGGAGGAUGUGAAUGUUGCCUUUCAGUAUCUACUCAAACUGACGCCACUGCUGGACAAAGCUGAUCAAAGAUGCAACUGUGACUGCCUGGGCAUGCUGCUGCAGGAAUGUAACAAGCUCGGUCUCCUGUCCGACUCAAACGCCGAGGUCCUCACAUCAAAACGGACGGAGGACAGGAAGUUCUCCUCGAAACUAAAAACCGCGGAAAAUGCAAAUAUCCAACCAAACCCUGGCCUCAUCCUCCGAGCUGAACCCACUGUCACCAAUAUUCUCAAGACAGUAGAUGCCGACCACUCCAAGUCGCCGGAGGGCCUUUUGGGUGUCCUUGGCCACAUGCUGUCCGGGAAGAGCUUGGAUCUGCUCCUGGCAGCCGCGGCCGCCACGGGGAAACUCAAAUCCUUUGCCCGCAAGUUCAUCAAGCUUAAUGAGUUUCCCAAGCACAUCAGCGGCGAAGGAUCCAAGUCUGCGUCUGUCCGGGCCCUGCUGUUCGACAUCUCCUUCCUGAUGCUUUGCCACGUAGUGCAGACGUACGGCUCUGAGGUUGUCCUUUCCGACCCCAGCCCCUCAGGGGAGACGCCCUUUUUUGAAACGUGGCUGCAAACGUGCAUGCCUGAAGAGGCGAAGAUCCUGAACCCGGACCACCCCUGCUUCAGGCCCGAGCCUGGGAAAGUCGAGAGUCUGGUGACCCUGCUGAACAAUUCCUCGGAAAUGAAGCUAGUUCAAGUGAAAUGGCAUGAAAUCUGCCUCAGCACCCCGGCGGCCAUUUUGGAAGUCCUGAAUGCAUGGGAGAACGGCGUUCUGUCGGUGGAGGCAGUGCAGAAGAUCACUGACAACAUCAAGGGCAAAGUGUGCAGUAUGGCGAUCUGUGCGGUGGCGUGGCUGGUGGCCCACGUCAGGAUGCUGGGGCGGGACGAGAGGGAGAAGCCUCAGACCAUGAUCCGGCAGCUGGUCACCCCGCUCUAUGGCGAAAACACACUGCAGUUUUACAGCGAACGGGUGAUAAUAAUGAGCUCCAUCAUGGAGCACAUGUGUGCCGACGUCUUCCAGCAAACUGCGGCGACUCUGCGGCCCCCCAUGGAGGGCCAGGAGCCAAUCCCCUAUCGCAACCUAUUACCUGCCAAGGAGCCCAUCCGGGCCGCCCUCACCAAGCAGUUCCAGGUGGUGCUGCGCAAAGGCUGGGUGGAGAGCCGAGCGUUGCAUCUGUUCCAGAGUCUGCUCAACAUGGGCGGCGUCUUCUGGUUCACCAAUAAUUUGGUCAAGGAGCUGCUGAAGGAAACCCGUCAGGAGUGGGCUCAUCGUGUGGUGGAGUUGCUUUACAGCAUUUUCUGUCUGGACAGUCACCAGAUCACGCUGACCUUGCUGGGCACCAUCGUGCCCAACCUGCUCACCGACUCCGCCCACUGGCACAGCCUGGUCGACCCACCUGGCAAAGCCCUGGCCAAGUUGUCGGUGUGGUGCGCGCUAAGCUCGUACUCGUCCCACCACAAAGGCUCGUGCUCGGCUCAUCAGCGGAGAAGACAGCGAGAAGAUAUCGAGGACUACAGCAGCCUCUUUCCUUUGGACGACACUCAACCCUCAAAACUCAUGCGCCUCCUCAGCUCCAAUGAGGAUGAGCCUGUUGCACUUUCAAGUCCAGGAGACCGUUCUAUGAGCAGCUCCCUGUCUGCCUCGCAGCUCCACACCGUCAACAUGAGAGACCCACUCAACCGCGUCCUGGCCAACCUUUUCCUUCUCAUUUCCUCCAUCCUGGGCUCCAAGAUGGCGGGGCCUCACACCCAGUUUGUGCACAGCUUCAUGGAGGAGUGCGUGGAAUGCUUGGAACAGGGAAGUCGCGGAAGCAUCCUGCAGUUCAUGCCUUUUACAAUGGUCUCUGAGUUGGUGAAGCUGCCCGCUCUGGCCAAACCCAAAGUGGUCCUGGCCGUCACCGACUUGACUCUGCCCCUGGGGCGAAGAGUGGCGGCGAAAGCCAUCGCUGCCCUGUAAACACUUGAGGUUCAUACACGAGAAGUUUGGGCCAUUUGGCUUUCCGUUGAAAUUUCACAAUGAUCUUGAAAUGCACUUUAACCUGUAUAGAUGAUCUUAAGUUGAUCUCUAAAUUUUCCAUUUCUUCGACGUUUCCGUCAUUUUUGCACAGGUUCCUUUUCUCUAAGAAGGAGCAAAAUUCCCAACAGGUGUUUUGAUCCAUUUAAACUUUUCUUAAUUUGAAAACUACUGCUGAGACUGUGACCCUCUAAGCCAGGGGAGUCAAACUCAUUUUUGUCCCGGGCCACAUUUUACUUCGGGUUUCCCUUUAAAAGACCAUCAUGACUGUGAAACCAUAAAAAUCUUUAACCGCCUCAUCAUAUUUACACGUGAAAUUUAUGAACUAGUUUUGGAAUCGGAAAUCAAGGGUAAAAUGCUUGUAAUAGCUCAAUGUUAUCAUUUAUGACGUGACAAUUUGAAAUUUUGGGACAGAUUUUAACAAAAAUCAUGGAAGUCGAUACGCAUGAUUCGCCUCCGCGGGCCACAUAAAAUCAUGCGGCGGGCCGGAUCUGGCCCCCGGGCCUUGUGUUUGGUACCCGUGCUCUAAGCUUAGGAGUGAUGAAAUGUUACACGCCAUCUUUGUGUCAUUAUGUCAAAAUAUGAGGAGAUGAUGACAGCUAUUUAAUGUAAUAAUAAUUCUAAUUGAACCGGUAUCGACACUGGUUGUGAAUUUUGCAGUGGAUAAGGUCAAAUUUAGUUCACCCGUUAAAGUUGAAGUGCAUUUUAGGUUCUUGGUGAGAAUUUACCCGAAACCCGAAUAUUCCUAACUUUUUGUGAGGAGUGUAUAUUUUGAAUUAGCCGGCAAAGUGAUCCAACCGACCUCAACGUGAUUUUAUACUAUUCUUUUUGACUUUUCAUUUCUGUGUUUGUAAACGUUUGCUACAUUUUGAUAUCACGUCAAGAUUAAAAAAAAAAAAGGGGUGGGGGGGGAUUUUCUUUUUAAAAAGCAAAAUGUUGUCAUCUGGUUCCUAAUGCCAUCUAUUAGUGAACGUUUGCAACAUCCUCGAGUCAGGUGCGGGGUCACAUGUUUAGCGACGUCAGCACAUGACCGCGGGAGUCUUUUCAUCAGCCCGAGUGACGUUUGCGGUCGCCGGGAGUCAUCCAGCCGCUUACAACACUUCCUCUCGGAAGGCCGCGAGAGUCGUAAGGCGCCGACCUCCUUCCCUGUUGUUCCCGUGAGUUCCGCGCAGUCUGAAUCAAAUGGAAUUGUACAAGUCUUGGGUGUCCAUAAAGUUUUUGUUUUGUCUUUU